ACAACCGCCGCCGCGGCACGACGCAGUGCACGCGCAGCCGGACGGCAGCGGACGCAAACCACCGCCACCACCGCCGCCGCCGCUGCCGCCUCCGUCGCCCGUGGUUGUCGUCGUUGUCGUCGUCGUCGCCGUCGUCGUCGCCGCCGCCACCGCCGCCGACGCCGCCACUGCCGCGGCACUGCGGCAGUCGUGUACCCCGGCACAGGUGGCCCGCGCGUCGUUUGGCCGCACAGCAACGGUUGGGUUGCAAAACGUUUUCACGACGAAAGCGUCACUGAAAAACGACGAUCGCGCCCACCGACGGCAAUAACAAUCGGUGGAGGCGGCGGCAGUGGCGACGACGGACCAACGACAUCCCCACACAACAACAACCAUAGCGCGGCGACAGAAACGGCGACGGCGGCGGCGGCCCGGCGACGACGAUAACAUGGAGGAACAGUUGAUCGCCGAGAUCGAGCGGCGGCCCGUGCUGUACGACAGAAGCGUGCAGGCGUGCAAAAAGAUGUCGGCUCGGGACGAAGCGUGGCGCGAAGUGGCCGAAAUAAUGAAGCAAUCCGAGGCCGAAGUGAAAAAACGGUGGAGAACGCUCCGGGACUCGUUCAUGCGGUUCCACCGGCUGCAGCGGACGUUCGGGCCCAAGGGCAAGAAGAAAAUGUGGAUUUACUACAACGAGAUGGCAUUUCUGAUACCGCACAUCGAGCCCAGAGACUACAAGAUGUCCGGAGCCUUCGACGGCGCCGAGUUCAACGACGACUGCAACGCGGACAUGGACAACAACAGUCGGACGGCCGCGGACAGCCACGGCGCCGACAUGGUGUCCAUCGCGUCCGACAUGUGCGAGGCCGAGCUGACGACGCCGCCGAUCGGUAGCGCCGGGUGCCAGUGCUUCAACGGCAUUGGUCUGCACGUGCACCAGGAACCUUCAGCCAUGAUGAUGAUGGAACCUGGCGGCGGUGUCGUCGGCGGCGUCAAGCGCAAGGGGUCGGACGACUCGUCCGAGUCGGCCACCGACUCCGACGAACACUUCGCGCUCAGUUGCGUCGCGUCGCUUCGCCGUCUGCCCAUACGGAAAAACGCCGAAAUGCGCAUGAGGAUCUUGCACAUGCUUUACGAGGCCGAGUACGGCGAAGAACCCGUAUUGCGAUGAAUCCGUCUUCUGUCGUGUCCUCGUCCCGUUUUCGUCAUUAUACAUUAUUGCUAUUUGUAUUAUUUUGUCAUCUCGCCGUGACUUUUGUACAUAUUAUUUUCUUUUACUAUAUUAUUGACUAUUAUUAUUAUUAUUAUUAUUAUUAUUUAGUACACUACUAUAAUAUUAUACUCUCAUGUUGUAUAAUUGAUGUAUAGCUGAUAUCAUUAUAGGCCGAAAACCAUUUUACUUACCUAUAUAUUGUGACGAUUGUAAACAGUUUAAGUGAUUUAUUGUAAUGAAAUAAAUAAGAAAAAAAAAUAAUAAUAAUACAGAAUUUUUUAUACGUA